GAGUAGUUCGUUGCGUGUCGCCGCGUUGUGUUUCUCGGAUCUGGCGAGCGGAAAGCCUGGCGUUCUUGCAAUUGCACGGAUUAUUAUUGCACGUUCAUGCCCUGUGGGAAAGGAGGAAUUUUUCGCCUUUUGGAUGACCAGAAUGCAAUCAUGGAUUUUCUACACAUAAAUAUCUCUGAUGACAUUCAGGAAUGGAACUUUUAGACCUAACUUAAACUUCUAUCAACGCCUGGGUCCUCGGCACUGAAGUCACGCAACGGUACCCGACGGAGGAGCAGAUCACCAUGUUUACCAUCGACGGUGCGCUUCUGCUGCUGUUGUUACUACACUCUGUCUCCAACGGUGACGCCUCGCGGUCGAGAUCCCAGAACGAGAACUUCCGCAGGAUGGUGCCCACGCCUGCAGUCUUCAACAAUGGAUUCCAGGAGACCCACCGCCUCGCCGCCACCCACGCCUCCUUCAGGUUCCCGGCUUCGCACCAGUUCCGCAAAAUGGCCAAGAACCACGACGCCAGGAAGUACUUGGCCGCCCUGUCGCCCUCGGGGUCCAGAGCCAACGCCUCGACCUUCUCCUCGCACGAAGACUUCAGGGCGAGGGGCUCCUACUUCCUCAACGCCCGCGGGUCUGGGGAGGAGGUGUUCCCCGCCCACUACGAGCAGAGGACCUGGACGGCCGCCCCGAGACUGGACCUGCUGGACCCGGACACCACGACCAGGGACCCGGCCAUCCCUGAAAACCCGGAAGGACUCAAGAAUCCUUCCCUGCUAGUGGGACUCUGGGAGGAGGAGCCGACCAUUCGGGAGACCGACGCUUACUUCAAGGGAGAAAACGGUAGCGCCGUGGAAGCACAGGCCGGGACAACAGCCAAUAUCCCCUGCGUCAUCUUGAAUCGUGCAGACCAUGAGACGGUGUCAUGGACCCGACUGAGAGAUCACCACCUCAUCACCGUCGGUCGGCAAACGUACAGCAAGGACGAUCGAUUCUCUGUCACGUACAACCGACACCUGAAUGAAUGGACACUUCACCUUCGCUAUGCCCAGGAACGUGAUGCAGGGGAGUAUAUGUGUCAGCUGUCAACUCACCCGCCUAUGGUGUUCAUCGCCAACCUCACUAUCACACAAGCCUCAGCAGAAAUCCUCGGCAGGAAUGAACGAUUUGUACACGAGGGCAGCGCUGUGGUACUAACGUGUAUACUCAAGCACCACACUCAGCCGCCAGAGUAUGUGUUCUGGUACCAUAACCGUACCAUGAUCAACUUCGAGACUAACAGACAGGUACGAGUUGAGAAGACGAGGGACGGCAGCAUCCUCACGCUAACCUCGGUGGGCAGGACAGACUCUGGGAAUUAUACGUGCUCGCCAGACCAUGCCAAAAGUGCUUCGAUCACUCUGCAUAUUAUACUGGGUGACGCCCCAGCCGCCAUGCAAGUGUCUGGCUCCUCUUGCACGUUUCCAAGUUCCCUCCUGCAGUCUACAUGUCUCCUCCUCGGCCUCCACAGGCUCGGCAUCUGCAUCGUGGGCUGCCGUCGUUGGCUCUUCUCGUGAUAAACAAACGCCGCGAGAAGUUCCAAUACUUUUUUCAGACUGGUAGGAUAACGGUCGUGCGAAGGCGUUCGAAUUUUGUUUUUGUUUUUAUGACUUUGGUGGUUAGUUCGCAAGCACGCCGAGCCAUAUUAUGAAUCAGAAGAAGAAAAAUAUAUAUAUAUAUUGUGUGUGUAUAUGUGAGAUUUAUCAAGACUAUGUGGCUACAGGACUUUUGAUAUGAAUCUGUAGUUUUCAUACGGACUUCGAAGCCAAUGGCGAUCCCUUUGUGAAGCACAGACAUGACCCACAGAAGGGAAAGUGUGCCAUGGAGUGUUUGAAUUCAACGUUUGUGCUCCAAGAUACAUAAUGGCUUUCAUGAGUGUCGUGCACUGGUCACUUACCCGGAGUGCCAUCCUGCGUGCCAUACAGUGCCACAGACAGAGAGACGGGAGACUUUUAGCUCCUCAGAGUUAUUAGAACUAGUACGAUCAUUCCUGUUUUAUUUUUUCUAUGGUUUCAUCGGUUUAAUCGCGAGCGUCAUCAUUAGCAUUUUAGGAUUUCCAUUAUCAUCAUUAGUAUAGUAAUCGAAAUGUCAUCGUCAUCAUUCUUGUCAUCAGCGCCACCCUCGUCAUGCCAUCAAAAUGUGAUGAUUAUCCUCAUUAUUACCAUCUGAAGAUCGUUGCCGUUUCCAGGGUUUCCUUCCCUUCGUCGUCCUGCUUGUUUCAGGUUGCUUUGCAAUUCCUCAUUGAAAGCCAUCUAGGUUAUACAUAGUUUUGUUAGUUUGCCGGACGCAAGUCACAUA